AUGAAAGCUGGCAAAAAAACUUCCUACUUGCAUGAAUGCUCUCGCUGUGGGAUUGUCGCUUGUUCUUUAUGUAAGCGGAAGGUAUACAGUCCGCCAGAAGCGGAUACGACUGAGUUCAGGAAGAAGAGGAGAGAGGAUGCAUAUUCACCUCAGCGAACACCAGUCGAUCGGGACAGCCAUCCUAGUGAAUCGGAGUCGAACGCGUCCAAUCACAGCCGAUUACCCGAUACAAUGGACCCGAUCAUGCGAGCUAAGUUGGCCGCUAUCAGUGCUGGUAGUGCAGCCAAUAUGCACAACAUCAGCAGCAGCAGCAGCCGUACCACACGCAAGGGCAAGGGCAAAGGCUUGGACCAGGACAUCAUCGACAAAAUAAAUCAUUGCCAACUACACCACACUACGCCACCUAGCAGGACUACUAUUGAGGCCAGACACGACGACAACCAACCGCUGCUUCAGGAUUAUAUCGCCCUAUCGAAGACAAAUCUCUAUAUGGUUAAUCACCUCACCCGCUGGAAUGCACAACUCGACUUCCCUAAUGGCCAGGGCUGCAGCGCUAGUAAACUGCAAGAAUCACUCGCCCUAAUAUACCGCGCCGAAUUUCAGGAUAAUAUUAGGAGGAGUACUGGCUAUACCCUCGAUCACGAUGAUCCACUCCUUUGGACCCGGCCCAAUAUUCUCGGCGCUCUUCGGGAGCGCCUUGCUACGUUCUACCAAUUCGCCGAGUCCGAUGCGAAUAGCAGAACAACACUAAUGGGCAUCGAUUGCGAAAUGAAUAACGGCGCCUUAUCGGAACUCGACGACCUGAUAAUGGCGGGUAGCCUCAUUUACAGCUCUAGCGCUGCUGCACCACCGAGCGUUCGAUGCCAAAGCCAACCUUGCAUUGAGAACGUUGGAUCAGUGGGUGAGACUGGCAUUCCCUUGAGCAGUGGCUUGGGAGGCGACUAUGAAGUGGCGAGCUCCAGCAUCCCAAGCGAUGAUGCAGGCAAGAUGUCGACGGCCGGAACGAAGAGCGAAGAUCCUCUUCUUGAAGGACCCGAAGCAAUAAUCCUUUGGCCUACAGCGCAGCAGCAGCUCAGUAGCCUUGAGAGCGGCGUCGUGUUCGCCAGCAAGCUUCAGCCACCACAACGUCGAUUCGCAGUGGACGUCGUGGCCAACGGUUCGAGCAGAUCAAGUCCUCGUCGAGCUGCUGUUCGAUUCGAAAAACAUGUACGGCUCCGCGAACCAUAUCCACUAGAAACACGUCCCUCCGGGCGAGCAGCUGAGAGCAAUAUUAAGAUCAGGAUGGUUCUCCGAGUCCAAACUAUGGCCCAGAUGCUCGCUCGCUUGAAUAGGACUCGGCGGGGGAGGGACUACUCCACGAUGUUCACCAUGGCCUUUUCGCCAGCGAUUACUACAUCCGGUGCAAGCCAGCGCGUUGGCCAGCGGAGUGAGCAGCGCAAAGAGUCUCUGGGAAGAACCUGGGACAACAAGCACCGGAAUUAUAUCGCAGCAGGGCAGUUGAAGUCUUCUGGCUGUUUGCCAUUAGCUCUAGUUAGUUCUCCCUGCCUCAUGUCCGUCCCUCUCGUAUUUUUUCUCCAUAUGCACAAUCUUUGGCUCCAAUUCUCCUGCUCCUUGCCAAGAUCUCUGAACCAAUCCUACACGCAGGAGCUCAUGUUCUCUAGUCGUGGAUUGAAAGGUCAAUACUUGUUGCAGAUCCACAGUGGUCUUGAGAGUUGGAGUCGAAAGCCUGUAUACUCCUCUCCACAUGUCUGCUAUUCCACUUCUCACUACACCAUACUAGAACUCCAAUUUCCAAUUUCUCAAAGCGCAAGGUACGAAGUUUCUAAAGUCCUCGCAGGAAAUCGUGGCGGAGGUUCGCGAGGCCAAGGACUGCCCUCAACUCGCCAGAAGGUUUCAACGCAGCGUGCAACGGAUGCUGAAGAUUUCCGCAUCGGCCUUCUAGCCAAACCGCCCCAAGGUGAUCGAAUGAAGCACGUCAAGAAGAAUCAUGCGGUAAAUGAUGCCUCUCCACUUGUCCCAGCCCGGCAUUAUCGUCGGAUCGAAGCCUAUAAUCUUACUUUAAAAGCCGUCGAGGCUGGUUGGAGUGUCUGUUCUCAACUUUAUAUCCCGAUCGCUGAUCUCCCAGCCGAAAGCCUAGCUCUUGGUAGAAGUGCCACCAAGAUCGUUGGAUGGACGGAGCAGAGGAAGCCUGAAAGUCGGAUGAUACCCCAAAAUGUCAUGCAAAAGCAUUGCUGGCGACCCUGCGACUUGGAAAAAUGGGACUGGGCAGAUUAA